AUGAAGCACUUGAUCCGUCGCCUCUCGCGCGUAGCCGACUCCUCCAAUUACACGCUCCUCCGCUCCGACUCCACCUCCUCCACCUCGCGCAGCUGCCGGCGGCGCCAACGGGCCGACUCCUUGCGCCUCGCCAAGAUCCGCCGCUCCUCCGCGGUGGUGCCGGAGGGGCACGUGCCGAUCUACGUCGGCGACGAGAUGGAGCGGUUCGUGGUCUGCGCCGAACUCCUCAACCACCCUGUCUUUGUCAAACUACUCAACGAAUCCGCGCAGGAAUACGGCUACGAACAGCAAGGCGUGCUCCGCUUGCCGUGCCGCGUCUUCGACUUCGAACGCGUGCUCCACGCGCUCCGCCUCGGCCUCGACGCGCGUGACGUCGCCCAGCUAGUUAACUUCUCGCCGGAAGAAUUCUCCUGA